AGCAAGAACAAGCUGCGCUCUUUUUCUGAGUUGUAGUGAGGAUUUCUUCCGAAGUUCAUGCAAAUCGGUUUUACAUUUGCGCACGUGCUUUUGCUAGCAAUAGAAGUGCAACGCUCGUCUGAACCAUGCCCAAUCUCAUGAGUGUGCUGUUCUUUUCCUUUUGUUUGAUGCCGUUCCAAAAAAUGCACAGUUUUGGUAAAGUGGUGCCCUAAUACUUACCUAUUCAAACCCUUUCCCUUUUUGCAAAGCUGCGGAAAAGCAUUGAAAUCAAAUUCGAUUUUGGCGGAGUUUGACCUUUACCAUUCUUAUUGUUAAGUACGCGAGCGCGCACGUUGCUCCCGGACGAAGUGGAGAAGGUGCUACGUUGUAUCUUCGUCCUUAGUCCAGAGCAGUUCUAAUUAGCACACUUUCUGUAGUCUUCUCCUAAUUUCAUUUUUAGCUUCGAAAAGUAGGCGACUGUCUGAGACUGAUAGAUACUUUACUAACUUUAUCUAAGUCAAAAUAAAUGGGAAAGUUCAAGUUUCAAAUCAAGCUCUCCGGCCAAUGGCGGGACUACAGCGACGAGGAGAAUGCUUUUCUGACCCGCGCUUACAUGAGCGGCAUGAAGAACUGCAGAUACCAGCUGCGAGGGCAGAGCUACGAAUACAACUUUGGAACGAUGAACCAGGUACUGUCGAAUGAUGUUUGAUGAUCAUCAUACGAACUUGCAAAAUCAUAUGUUGCACGAAGUAGAGUCUGUCGGUGGAAGGAAAAAAAAAAAUUGAUAAUAGUGCUCGGAGCUGGUGCUGCGACAGAGUUGUAUGCUCCUCACAAAAAAAAUGAAUGAAUAAAAUCACCGCGACCACAUCAGACCACCAUCAACAACUAGGUAAAUCUCGCUUCGGGUAAGCGCCGCCAAAUUCGAGCGCCGCCAAACCUGCGGCCGCCGGACCGUCCGGUCGUGCCGCCAGGCCCCACGAUCUGCGUCACAGUUCCGACAACCGCCCGUGGAGGGGACGUGCUUCACGUGCCGCACCCGCAUAACAAAGCUGUCAUGAUGCAGGUAUAAUUGUUGUACGCUUUACCUUUAACUUUUCCGAUGUUUUCUACUACAACUACUGACGGAGGACAUCAUUGUGAUGUUGUUUCUUCAUGGGCACGCGCACGCAUGACAAGCACAAGAUAUUAAAAAUAAUGACGACAGGUAACCGUCCCGCCAAACGCUCGACCGGGCGCUACCUUGCUCGUUCCCGUUCCUCCACUGGGACCGAAGAUUGUCGCGCAGCCAGGCACUGCAGCUGGCGGCUCGCAGCCAGCGCUGGCUAACUCCAAUAACGGUGCGGGUGGAGGUGACGUCAACAAGAGUGGUGGACAAUCUGGCCCGGGCUACGGGAAAGGAGUCGCAGUCGGCGCGGCUGCGGGCGUUGGCGCCGCGGCAGUAAUCGGGGGUGGUGUGGCCCUGGGAGUCAUGGCGCAGAAUGGUAGCUAGCUAUCUAAGUAAAUUUGAUGAAAAUGAUGAAAUUCAGAUUUCCAGUUGUGUUGUCGUUGUCCACCAAUAAAGUAGUAGAACUCUCCCCAACUUCUGUACAGGUCAACUGGACGGCGUGGUUGCUGGUGCUGCGGACGCGGCAGGAGACGUUGGCGCCUUUGCGGCGGACGCCGCGCAGGAUGUCGGCGCGGCCGCUACGGACGUUGCGCAAGACGCAGGUGCGUUUGCCGCGAAUGCUGCGCAGGACGUGGGUGCGUUUGCCACGGACGCCGCAAAAGAUGUAGGUGCGUUUGCUGCGGAUGCUGCACAGGACGUAGGUGCGUUCGCAACCGAUGCGGUAGGAGAUGUCGGCGAUUUCGCGGUCGACGCCGCGGGCACGAUUGGGGACGGAGCUGAGUUCGUCAUCGACGAGUUAGGCGACUUCGCGGGCGAUGUGGGGGAUUUUAUCAUCGAUUUGUUCUAAGGAGCGUAUCGACUGUAUCAAAUCUUCUCCGGCGCGAGGAGCCUGUCGAUAGGCGUUGUACUAUAUUGGUUGUCAAGAGGAGCAGGGCUUUUGAAGAAAUCUUCUGAAUAGCCGAAGUAUAUCUGCGCUUCUUGGUAGUGACAACCAGCACAAAGAUAUAGUAGAGCACACCCUUGACGAGCAUGUAUGAUUAUUGGUAUUCGAUAUGAUUUGUGUUUGUGCCUGUUUAUGUUUUAGCAUACACUUAUUUAAUUGCUCUUGUUAGUUUGAGUCACUUCCGACUCUAUCGAUUAAUCCGGCGUGCCCGGUCCUGGUGACCGUCACCUGGGAUGUAUUUGCUCACGCACCUUGUUGCAAAAAUUUUUUGUAAUGCACCACACCUACUACUACUAGUACUACACGUACACAUCCACUGUACAAAAUAUUUUUUUUUCUUCACGGUCACAGUCUACCUCGUCGGCGAGAAGCAAGAUGAAGGCCCACUACCGGUGCGGCGUGAUGCCACCGUGCGACGCUGUACAACUAGAGUAGAGGUCUGGCAUCAAGAAACCGUUUGUGGAAUACUCGAAACCUCCGCGUCUCGGGACCGAAUUCAAUUUUGUAUGAUGUCUGAGGAAGGCAAAAAUGCAAAAACAAAUACCAGCUGGUGCUUGAUGACGCCUUCCUCUUCCCGGAGUUUGGACGCAGGAGCAUCGCGGGUUGUCACGUGACAAGCUGUUCGCACACGGCAGUACUGCUGGAAGAAGAACGUCCUCUGAGGCCAGAUUUCCUCUGUCGUGCUGGCGUGCGUUGCUGUUUCAGUCUGAAUCAUUUCGCAUACGUCGUUGAGAGUACU